UUUCAUGCAGUUGGGACAAGAUUGAACUGAGAAAAGAGUUCCUGUUUGCUGAGUGGGUUCUGCGAAAAUGUUGGGUAACCAAUUUUUUUGCCAAGAUUAAGCUGUUGUAAGACAGAUGGCAUAAUGUUAGAAGUAUUCAAAGCCUAUUGCAAUAUCGUUGUGUAGUAUCGCAAUGACACGUGAACUUCAGCAACAAACUAGAUACACUCAAAAUUGGAUAUAAACCAAAACGUAGACUAACCUAAGUCAGUAGUGUAGUUUCAUCUGUUCACGCAAGCUCUGCCACUAAAUUAAAUGCCUGUAAACAAUACGAUUAAAAUGAACAUAUCUCUGUUAUCAGUCCUUCUCUGCCAAAACAUUCGUGUUAUUCUACUUUAUUUGAUCUCAGUUUAUUUUAUUUACGAUGUCAUAUUUUAUUCUGCGAUGCAUGAGGUACCAUGACAGUGCAUGAGACAACACACACACGUACUCCUGGAACAUGACAACCACGCUAUAUUCUCUUAAAGAGAGGAAACCGUGUAAAGAUACAACAUUUUACAUCUGCAAGCCCCUUCUCCACUGGGUGUGUCUGUGAGUUUCCUUCCUUGUCAGAACUGCAUAUAGCUGAUGAGAGUAGAGCACCACGGGCUCUGUCGAGACAGAGGAUGGAUGGCUACACACUCUCCAGUAUCACAAGCAAGAGCAGAGUAGCGUAGGAGGGUAAGAACCUACAGGACACCGUUUCCAUUUCCUCCUAUCCGCAGUCUGGAGAGAGAGUUUGACUGCCCAACGGGCUCUGUAUCAGGGUUUUCCUGGCGAAAGUGGAACUAGUCUUCCCAUCAGCGGCCGUCCACCAUGAAGUUUUUACACGCCCUCAGCUCCUCCACCUCUUGCCCUGACGUCUACGGCGGGGGCAACCACAAUGUGAUCGUGGCGCACUACAACCACACUGGGAGGCUACAGAACCGCAAGGACGACGAGGGGGUCCUGAGCAUUGGUGCGGUCCUCUUCCUCUGCCUGAGCAUCUUCAUCAUCCUAGAGAACCUUGUGGUGCUGCUGGCUGUGCUGUUCGGCAUGCGACAGCGCCAUCGCUGGGUCUACAUCUGCAUCGCCAACAUCACGCUCAGCGACCUGCUCACCGGCACCGCCUAUGUGAUCAACAUCUGCAUGUCGGGCAGCCGAACGUUCCUCCUGACCCCCAUGCUCUGGCUCCUGCGCGAGGGCCUGCUCUUCGUGGCCCUGGCCGCCUCCAUCUUCAGCCUGCUGCUGAUCGCCAUCGAGCGCUGCACCACCAUGAUGAAGUCCGCGCACCCCAAGCCAUCCCAGAAGACCUACCGCGUCUACGUCCUGGUGGCGCUCAGCUGGGUGACAGCAUUCGCCAUCGGCCUCCUGCCUCUCUUCGGCUGGAACUGCGUGUGCCACCUGAGCAGCUGCUCCACGUUCCUGCCCCUCUACUCCAAGAGCUACAUCCUCUUCGCACUGGUCAUCUUCUUCGUCAUCCUCCUGACCAUCGGCGCGGUCUACUUUGCCAUCUACUGGCACGUCCGAGGCAGUGCCAAAAAGUGCUCCAUUCGGAACCUGAACCGUUCCCUUCGGCUCCUCAAGGCGGUCAUCUCCAUCGUGGGAACCUUCGUGGUGUGCUGGGGGCCGCUGUUCGUCCUGCUCCUGGUGGACUACUUCUGCUACUCUCGCCACUGCGGCGGUCUCCUCAAAGCCCACUGGUUCAUCGCCCUGGCCGUGUUCAACUCGGCCAUAAACCCUUGCAUCUACUCCUUCGGGAGCCUGGAGCUGCGCAAGGCCAUCAGUCAGCUGCUGUGCUGCUGCUGCCUAAGACUGGGCAUCUGCAACGCCAAGAGCUUCCUGUCCAAAGAGACAUCGAGCACGUCGGGAAGCCACCACAGCAGCUUGCGCAACAGCUUCAGCAAAGUGAGGAACCUGAGCACGAGUCCCCAGGCCCCAGCGCGGAGCAGCAGGAAAAGCAGACUGAGCUCCACCACCUCCUGCCUGUCUGCUUCAAGUGGUUAGACCGCAGGUGCUCACUUGCCACAGCACACACACCUCUGCACACUCUCUGAGUUGUUCCACCUCAGCUGGCACACACACACACACACACACACACACACACCCACAAACACAUACAAACAUAUGCUUGUUGUUUUUCAGAUUUUUGUUUUGCACUUUGUUUAGCAUUUCCUUGUUGUCCACUGUGAUUUGCUGAAAUGCACAUGUACACAGACAUCUGUAAGGAUUAAUGUAAGAAUGUUGUGUGUGUGUAUAUAUAUAUAUAUAUAUAUCUGUAUGUUGUAACUGAUACAUGUGUUUUGUGAAUACAUAAUUGAAAGACUGACUGAGCAGUGUCCUAUAAAAUCUCUAUGAUUAACUGAACGAGUAAAGAAAUAUUUUUAUAUAAUUAUUUACUGUGACUUUAUUGCAUUUUAAUUCAAAUGCUUGGACCACACAAGUAAACAUAGAAUGUCUGUACUUUUAAAAGCAUAAAUAAAAUCUUUGAUUAUUUGAAUCUUGAA